AUGGUUUCUCCCGAAGGCGUCAUCGCGUCGGAAUGGACAGUCACGAUACUGGCCUUGAUCUUUCUCGGCCUCCGACUGUAUGUCAGGAUUACGCAACGACAGAAGAAUCUCAUCUGGUCUGAAGUUUGGCUGGUUAUGGGCGCGUCAUGGCUUCUGGGCCUCGUCAUUUGCGAUACAAUCACCUACCGUAAAGGAGCCAUGUCGGAGUUUGCGGAUCAGACUGACGUUGAGAUCAAGCAGCUCCGCUUCGCCACCAACUAUCUCUUCGAUGCCGGCCUAUACUUUCCCAAACUCAGCAUGGUCACCAUUUACUUUCAGCUCCUACCACGACACGUCCGUCCCCUACGCUGGGCUUUGUACUUUACAGCCGUCUUCACCGCUGCCGCGUUCUUGAUCGCCAUCUUUGUCGAUACCUUCUGGUGUGGUCUUAAUGUACCGGUGAAUUGGUCUCCUGACCCAGCCGCGUGCUCGACGUUCAGCUCAGAGUUUGUCUUCCACCUCAACUGGUCUUUUUGUUUCAUCUCCGAAGUCCUACUCUUGGCCCUGCCUUUUCCUCUGUUGAAGACUUUGCGAACGGCAAACCGCCACGAGACCGUCAGCCUGGUAUUUCUUUUCGCGCUGGGCAUCAUCACGAUCGCCGUCUCCGCCGGCCGGUUUGCCACCAUGAUGGUGCUUGUCAACGACAUUAGUAUUUACGUCUGGGCCACGACCGAAUUUGCCGUCAGCCAGAUCAUCGUGUCCUCCAUGGCGCUGCGGCCACUGAUGAAGCGCAUCUGGAGCUCCGUCUACUCCAGCAAGAACGGCCGGUCCACCAACGGCGAGUCGCGCCGCAUCUCGACCGCCAAGGUCUACACGCACCGCACCGCCGUGCGCAUCAACGAGCAGCUCGGCACGCAGACGGAUGUGUGGGGCCCCAACGACAGCGAGGUCGAGCUGCAGGCAUAUCAGAAGCAGUCCGGGUCGGGUAUCCAGGUGUUACACAGCCACAGCGUUGUGAGCACCAAGGGCCGGACAGACUCGGACGGUUCGAUCGAGCAGGCGGUCCCCACUGGUGUCACGGGCCCGAAGCCAUAA